AGCCCAGCAGCCACCGUUACGGCUUUCCCCCACCCCGGAGCUGGCCAUAACUCGGAAACCAGCCAGCCUUCACUGUUGCUGCUGCUUCGCGGCGCGGCCCCCCAUCACUCGCGGCGCGCGUCCAGAAGCAUCACCUCCCCUCCCAUCCCACACCGACCGGCCGACCCGACCGAUUCCCACACCACCCAGACUCCCUCAUCUCCUUCCUCCACUCCCCACAUUCUUCACAUCCUCCCAUCUUUUCUCGCCUUUCCUCGCCGUCUCGUGUUUUUCCUGUAUGCAAAGCCAGUUCCCAAGAAAGAUAGGGGGAGUGAAGAGCACAGGAGAGAAUUGCGGCGCGCAGCUGCUGCCGCUUGCUUCGCAGGUCGUCCGGCGGGCACUUUGGCGUUAAUCGCAGGCCGGGCAGCUGACGCACAGCAGCAGAGGUAGCCGGCCGGCAGGGGAUUUGGGAGAAAAGGCCAACCAUGAAGUAUAUUGCAAGGAAAGAUGCGGGAGGCGGCGGAGGCCCGUUUGCCAUCCCGUGCGUGGACAUCAAGUCGUUCGUGGCCUCGCUCGCCUUCCUGACGCUGUUCGUGGCGCUCUGGCAGCUCCAGCCCUACGGCUCCUUGCUCACUGUGGCCCGCUCCUCCGCCUCCGCCUCCCCCUGCUCCCUCCUCGCCACAACCGCCGUCGCCGCCAACCUCCCGUCUUCUAACGCCACCUCUGAAACAGCCACAAAUACGAACCAACCGUCCGCACCUACUACCACUACCGCCGCUGCCGCCGCCAGUGCCGCUCCCGUGCGGCUGGCACGGGCGGCGCGACCGGAGGACCCGAACAAGCGGGUGCUUCGGCCUUACGGCAGCGCGGCGGCGCUGUUCGUGCAGAUGGGGGCGUAUCGGGGCGGGCCGCGGACGUUCGCCAUCGUGGGGCUGGCGUCCAAGCCCACCCACGUGUUCAAUACCCCCUACUUCAAGUGCGAAUGGCUGCCCAACCCCACCGCCGGCGACCCCUCUCCGCGUCCCGUCCGGACCAAGGCGUACAAGAUGCUCCCCGACUGGGGCUACGGCCGUGUCUACACCGUCGUCGUCGUCAACUGUACAUUCCCCUCCAACCCCAACGCCGGCAACGCCGGCGGCAAGCUGCUCGUCCACGCCUACUACUCGACCAACUCCCGCCGGUACGAGCGCUUCGUGGCGCUCGAGGAGGCGCCGGGGUCCUACGACGAGUCCCGCUUCAGCCCACCGUUCCAGUACGACUACCUCUACUGCGGCUCGUCGCUGUACGGCAACCUCAGCGCCAGACGGAUGCGCGAGUGGCUCGCCUACCACGCGCGCUUCUUCGGGCCCAGGUCGCACUUCGUGCUCCACGACGCCGGCGGCGUCAGCCCGGAGGUGAGGGCGGUGCUGGAUCCGUGGGUCAGGGCCGGCCGGGUCACCGUUCAGGACAUCCGGGCGCAGGCGGAGUACGAUGGGUACUACUACAACCAAUUCUUGGUGGUGAACGACUGCCUGCACCGGUACCGGCACGCCGCUAACUGGACCUUCUUCUUCGACGUGGACGAGUACAUUUACCUGCCCAAUGGGCAGAAGCUCGAUAAGGUGCUCGGCAAGCUCUCCGGGUACACACAGUUCACCAUGGAGCAGAAUCCCAUGUCCAGCAAGCUCUGCGUGCAGGAUCCAAGCAAGAAUUACUCAAGAGAAUGGGGAUUUGAGAAACUCGUCUUCCGCAACUCGGUCACCAAAGUCAGGCGGGAUCGCAAAUACGCAAUCCAGGCCCGGAACGCAUACUCAGCCGGUGUGCACAUGUCGCAGAACGUCUACGGGAGGACAACCCACAAGACGGAUAACCUGAUCAGAUACUACCACUAUCACAACUCCAUCAACGUCAUGGGAGAGCCUUGCCGGGAGUUUGUGCCAAUGCCAGUUAACGGCAGCAAUACCAUGUUCGAGGGAGUCCCCUAUGUCUAUGACGAUAACAUGAAGCGAUUGGUGGGCGAGAUCAAGCGAUUCGAGAAGGAAACCCUUGGAUCUGUUCAGACAUAGAAGUUGGUUACUGAAGGCUGGCGGUACAUAUACAUUUGACAUUCUUUGGAUGCUUGGUUCGUGUGGGGCUCAACUCUUCUGCUAUUCUGCGCCAUCGUCACUGUCCACUGCGUCUGCUAUUCUCCUAACUUUAACCAGACGGGAGAGUUUGUUAGGGGUGGUCCAAAUGGUGUAAAGUUUUGGUUUUUAUUGGCAUGACCUCUACAGAGGCACUGCUGUUGCUGCAAUUCCUUUUUCUUACCUUUUCUCCUUUUAUCCCCCACAUCUGUUUAUAGAUCUGUGUAGACUGAUGAUGCUGGCUUUUAGUCAUCAACUAGAUUCUUUUAUUCUA